AUAAUUGUGAGAUGACAAUUAACAUGGCAGAUGCAAAGUCGAAUCAAAAUUAAAAGUUAUUCGAUGAGAUUAUGUACCAUUAUUUAAACGGGGUGUGGUUUUUAUGAAUUAAUUCGAACCAUUUUCUGAUAGAAUUUUCCACUUCAUACUUUGCAGCUAUAGGAAAUUUCUACAUACCAGGAACUAAAAAAAAUUGGAAACGUCAUAACUUAGGGAUCACAGUUUAAAAGGUUAUGAAUAAAUUCAUUAUUUUAAAAUAUGUGUGAGAAUUUAUUUGCAAUGAAAGAAUGGUUUUUGGAGAAUUAAUAACAAUAUGUCACGUUUGGCUGACUAUUUUGUAAUCGUUGGUUAUGAUCACGAGAAGGAAAGAAGUGGAAUAAGUAGUGGUAUCAUAUUACAAAGAUUUCCAGAAAAAGAUUGGCCUGAUACCCCAUUCAUAGAUGGUAUAGAAUGGUUUUGUCAACCUCAGGGAUGGACUCUCUCUACGGAAAGACAGGAACCAAGAUUUUUUGUUUCCGUUCUUACAGAUAUCGACGCAAAUAGGCACUAUUGUGCAUGUUUAUGUUUCAAUGAGACCAUAUCUAUCACUCCAAGUAAACCUGCCGAUGAGGAGGAGGACACCUUUGAAAAUGUAGUUCCUCUAGUUCGAACAAUUCCAGCAAUAUCUCACCAUAGUAUUAUGUAUGCCCCUAAAUGUUUGGUAUUGGUCUCAAGACUGGAUUAUAUAGAAACUUUUAGAAAUUGUUUGGGUAUUAUUUAUUCAGUGUACAUAGAAAACAUUCCAGUGCCCCUUGAAACUUUGGUUGGUAAUAUUUUGGGAUGUAUUCAAGUACCGCCACCCGGGGGCCCUCAAGUUAGAUUCAGCAUAGGAGCUGGAGAUAGACAAGCCUUACAACCUCCUCUCAGUCCUUCUCUUCCUGUUACUCAUAUUUCAGUUAAUUUAUUAUUUUCUCAAUUAGGUAUAAGAAAUGUUUUAGUUCUCUUCUGUGCCAUAAUGACUGAACACAAAAUACUAUUCCACUCGAAAAGUUAUAGCCGAUUGACAGACGCUUGUAGAGCUCUGACAGCUUUAAUGUAUCCCUUUCGAUACACUCAUGUAUAUAUUCCCUUACUGCCAUCACCAUUGGUGGAAGUUCUAUCAACACCAACCCCUUUUAUAAUGGGCGUUCAUUCUUCUUUAAAAAAUGAAGUGGCUGAAUUGAUGGACGUCAUUGUAGCUGAUCUUGACGGUGGUUCAAUUCUCAUACCAGAUGGUAUAUCGUUACCUCUACUUCCCGAGCCACUCUUGAGUCACACGCAAGAAGCGCUCAGUCUGAUACUCCAGCCCGAACUGAGUUGUGCAGACCAUGCAUUUCCUCCCCUGGCGGUGAGAUCUCCUCAGGCUGUCAUGUUGGACAAAGAAAUUCGAGCUGUAUUCAUGAGAAUUUUUGCUCAAUUGCUGCAAGGUUACCGAAGUUGUUUGACGAUUAUCAGGAUCCACCCCAAACCAGUUAUCACAUUUCACAAAGCUGCAUUUCUGGGGGAGCGCAACUUGAAAGACUGCGAUUUCACUACCAGGGUGCUCGAUUGUAUGUUUUUCACUACUUUCAUCUCGGAAAGGGGACCACCAUGGAGACCUUGCGACGUCUGGGACGAAUUAUACAACUCUAUAGGCGAAUUAAUGAAAUCCGAAUCUCAAGAUAGCUCUUUAAUUUUAACUCAUAUACAAGAACUGGCCACCCAGUUAUAUACCAAUGAGAACCCUAAUCCACAGUCUUAUGCUCAAAAGAUAUUAGUGCCCCCAGAGGGCGCUUUUGCAAGGAUACAUCAGCCUCCUCUGCCAGUGUUGAAUGCUGAAAUGGUUAGAACGAUUAUAGAAGAAGGUUUAUCCAAAAACAAUCUGAAGUCCAGCGGAGAGUUUGCUUGGUUAGCCUCGUUGAGGCCAAUUCAGCCAAGAAUCGUACCAAUGGGACCCUGCAUCUCGAAUUUGAACGAGAACAAAAACUUAGUGAGCAACUCUGCCAGGAGACUAGAGGUUUUGCGCAACUGCAUAACCUGCAUUUUCGAAAACAAAAUAUCCGACGCAAGGAAAACGUUUCCCGCUGUUCUGAGAGCUCUACAAUCGAAACAGGCCAGACUCGCGCUUUGUAACGAGUUGGCUCAGCAUGUUUGUGGCACCAAGGCGAUGUUGGAACAUCAGCAGUUCGACCUGGUGGCUAGGUUGAUGAAUUGCGCUCUACAAGAUGAUUCUGCGAUGGACGAACAUGGAGUUGCCGCAGCUUUACUGCCAUUGGCUACUAUAUUCGGCAGAAAGUUGUGCACUGGGAUCAUUCAGUUUGCAUACACGUGCAUUCAGGAGCACCCAGUUUGGCAUAAUCAGCAGUUCUGGGAGGCAGCGUUCUAUCAAGACGUCCAAAAGGACAUAAAGGCUCUCUAUUCGAAUAGGUCGGACAACUUGGGCAGCACCAACCGUUAUAACGAAUAUAUAAUUUCAAAACCCACAUCUCCAAGAGACAGUAAGGAGUUUUCUUGGCAGAAUCGUAGGAUAGCCGCUUCGAAAAUACAAGAAGCGACAUAUUUAGAAAUAGCAGCUGAACAGAUGCGGAUCCUCAACACGAUCGAUUCAGAAAGGGCCAAGGAGUUGAUUACGCAAGAGGAAAACACAAUUUAUAGUCAGGCAAUUCAUUAUGCGAAUAGAAUGGUUUAUUUACUUAUUCCUCUGGAUGUGGCUAGUAAACAUCACAAACCAGAUAAUGUGGACGAGGAAAGAACUUCCAAUAGUAUAGCAAACAGUGUUGCUGAAAGCGAUAGCGUAGACGCAGAAUCAGGAUUUGAAGAUCAGGAAGCAGGUGAGACUGGCGCCAACGUAGUCAGAAUAGUGUCCAGAUUCAUCGAUAAAGUGUGCAACGAGGGCGGAGUCACGCGAGAUCACAUAAGAAACCUGCAUCAAAUGAUUCCAGGAGUAGUUCAUAUGCACAUAGAGACUUUGGAGGCGGUUCACCGAGAAUCGAAGAGGUUACCGCCCAUCCAGAAACCCAAGAUUCUAGCCCCGAAUCUGUUGGCCGGUGAAGAAACCAUCAUGGAAGGUUUAAGAGUUUAUCUGUUGCCGGACGGUAGAGAAGAAACUGCAGCUGGAAUGUUGGGGGGUCCACCGCUUCUACCGGCCGAAGGAGCGAUAUUCCUCACAAAUUAUAGGAUUAUAUUCAAGGGAAUUCCUUGUGACUCAUUUGCUUGCGAGCAAGUGGUUGUGAGGGCUUUUCCAGUAACCUCGCUGACAAAAGAAAAGAAGAUAGCUAUACAAUACCUAGCCCACCUAGAUCAGUGGCUACAAGAAGGGUUACAAAUCAGAUCUUGUACAUUUCAACUUAUGAAAUUGGCAUUCGACGAAGAAGUUACUCCGGAAAAUGUCGACAUGCUAAGAAAGUUGAUACAUAAAAUAAGACACCCCCCCGAUGUAUUCCACCACUUUGCAUUUGCCGGUCAGGUCGUGAUGAACCAGACCCCGUUGCACAAAGGAAAGGAGAAGAAUGCAACUCUUCUGGGAAUAUCGAAAAAGACGUUAUUGAAGACUGCAAGAAAAGCUGGAUUCAAGCAGAAAUCUUCAUCGAAGAGACAGAAAUACGUGCUUCCAAACAUGACAAUUAGCAAUAGCAGCAAGUACAUGACCUCUCCUGGUAGAAUGAAUCUGCCGCUGUCGGAUGACUACAAUCAUGACGACGACUUGUCCAUUGAUGAUUUUGAGUCUGUGCCACAAUCCAACACCCCCGUGGCCACCGAUGCAAAAACUCUUGAACGUUUAGCUGAAAGAACUUACGUAAGAGAUUGGAGGAGGCUGGGUUUGACCGGUACAAGUUCGCCAACUUCUUCUAAGUCCUCCACGGACACCUUCAGACUAACUUCUGUAAACACCAUCUACAUGAUGUGUAGGAGCUAUCCCGCUCUUUUACCAGUACCCACACAUGUCACCGACGAAUCUAUCAGGAGAUUUUGUCGGUGCUACAGGCAAGGUAGAAUACCCGUUGCAACUUGGCGGCACCCCAAAACCAAAGCUCUACUUCUCCGCGGCUCCGGUCAUCACAAUAAGAGUGUUAUGGGAAUGCUGAAGAGUCAUCCCAAUCCGAAUGCUUCGUCCGAAACGUCUGCUUUCGAACAAGAGAAGUAUUUCUCGGCUCUGGUGUCCGCAACCCCUGUUUACUCUUUGAGGCAUUCUGGAUAUGGAAUGUCGGACAGUUCUUUGAGUAUAAACUCGUUGCUUUUGGCUGUAGAUGAGAAAUUGGGAAUGGCGUUGACCCCAGAAGUUGUGAGACGAUCGAAUCCUUUCAAUAAAGCUAUGGGGACACUCGGAGUUUUUCCAAGAUCGUCUGGCGGCAAAGGAGGAAGGAAUUUCGGACGCUGGGGAUCUUUGAAAGACAGGAGGCAAAAUUCCCAAGCAUCUCUUGCCAACAUGCAACAGAACCGUAAUACGAUAAGACAUUCGGCUGAAGGAGACGUAACUUUGGAAGGUGUUCAUACGCUACAAAAAUCUGCCCUUUAUAUUCUCGGUGAAAAGGCACAUAUGAGGGGAUUGAAAUUCGACAACGCCCCCAAGACUGAUUUCAUUCCAGUUGAAUAUUACGACGUUAGACAUACGAAACAGGCGUUCAAAAAGUUGAUGAGAGCUUGCAUACCCAGUUCACCGUCUUCUCAGAAUCCUGAACCGGACCAAAGUUUUUACAAAUUGAUCGAGAGUUCCGAAUGGCUGCUACAAAUCCAAAAUAUAAUAAAGCUGUCGGGAGCUGUUGUGGAUCUUCUCGACGUUCAAGGAUCCUCGGUGUCUAUAUGUUUGGAAGAUGGCUGGGAUAUAACCGCACAAGUAUCAUCAGUGGCUCAAUUAUGCUUAGAUCCCUAUUAUCGUACAAUCGAGGGCUUCAGAGUGUUGAUAGAGAAGGAGUGGAUAGCUUUCGGCCACAGGUUCAGUCAUCGGAGCAACCUUAUAUCGAACUCUCAGACCAGCGGUUUCGCGCCGACGUUCCUUCAGUUUUUGGACGUUAUCCAUCAGAUCCAAACGCAGUUUCCGAUGGCGUUCGAGUUUAACGAUUACUACCUUCGGUUCUUGGCCUACCAUUCGGUAUCCUGUAGGUUCAGGACGUUCUUGUUCGAUUGCGAGCUGGAAAGGGUAGAGUGCGGUGUGGCGGCGGUAGAAGACAAACGGGGGUCCCUGACGUCUCAUCAUAAAAGUGUGGAUACUGGCUCAGACGAGGAAAGUAUCUAUCCCGGCGGUAGACUUGGAACCACCAUACAGGGGUCCAAUCUUGGACAGAGCAUCUUCGACUACAUAGAAAAGCAGCACAAUAGGUCCCCGUUGUUCUUCAAUUUCAUGUAUAUACCAGACUUGGAAAAUCCCGUGUUACGGCCCCAAUCCACCCUGCCUUGUCUGGAUAUCUGGGACUAUUACUUGAACGAAGACCUACAUCAUGGACCUAAUUAUGAUCCCGAAAUAGUUCAGAUGGAUUCACAACAGGAGGAAGAAGCGGAAGCUGCUGAGGGAAAUGCAGACAAGUCUUCGAGAAAAGUUGUUACUUUGGGGUACGAUUGUGUCGAUCAAUGUGUUCCCGAUGCAUUUAGUCAUUUGUUUGAAGAGACGCAUCGUCUCGAGACAGAACUCGGUCAUUUACCUCAGAAGUGGAAAGUUCUCUGGGACAAGCUGGAAGUGAAUACCACCGACUCUCUAUCGAGACAUGCGUCGUUCAGUACAGAUCUGGUGAGAUCCCACGGCAGAUUAGUUCAUAAAAGAUCUACGUUGGAAAUACUUAUGAAGGGUAAAAUGGCUGGUGCGGCUGAGACUUCUUUGGUAUAUUCUCAUCCCCAUAGGUUUGACAAGUAUAAUUAUACGACCCCUACGUACUGCGACUAUUGCACCAAUCUUCUCUGGGGACCAGUUAAGACUGGUAUGAGAUGUAUGGAUUGUGGUUAUAGUUGUCACGAAAAAUGUAUGGAAGGCGUGCCGAAGAAUUGUACAAAAUACAAAGCUGUGGACAGCGGUACUCCUCAGAGUUUAAACGUCAGUUCCGGUGAUAACAAUUCCGUUAGUUCAGGAAGUGCUCGACAGACAUCUAGUCAACAAUACUAUGAACAGUUUUCAUCGAAUGUCGCGGAAAAUCGAACGCAUGAAGGCUACUUGUAUAAACGGGGUGCUCUCUUGAAGGGCUGGAAGCAACGAUGGUUUGUUCUAGAUUCGAUAAAGCAUCAGCUGAGGUACUAUGAUGCCAUGGAGGAUUCUCACUGCAAGGGAUACAUUGAUUUAGCAGAGGUAAUGUCAGUAACACCAGCUGCUGCAGCCCCAGGACCUCCAAAGAAAACCGAUGACAAGUCUUUCUUCGAUCUCCGCACUAGUCGACGCACUUACAAUUUUUGUGCCCCGGAUGCUACUUACGCUCAAGAGUGGAUCGAAAAACUGCAAGCUUGUCUCCAAUAAUCGGAAGUACUCUUUACCCAAAGUUUUAUUAAGUUAAAUUACUCAUCUUCUGAUAGGUUGACAAUGAAAUCAUAUUUUUUUUUUAUAUUUGUUUGUGAUGUAGGUGAGAUGCGAUCGAACAUAUUGGGUUUGUAAAUUGACAUUUUAAAGAAAAAAGCGUAGCUGCAAUAUUUAUUUUGAGUGGACAUAAUAUAUAUGGUUCUCCUAGUCUUAAUGUUCAAAAAAGUAUUAUUUUUCAAUUGAAGUUCCAAAAUCUUAAUAAUAAAAAGAAUCAUAUCAUAAAUUUCUUCUCAAAA